GCACAGGCUUGCUUUCCUUUCCAGCACCCCGCAUUGUGGAGUUAGCAGAAGCGCUUGGAAGCCAAACAGGCUGAGGCUGGAGGCAAGAAAGGGGAGCUUUGUGCCACCACCGCCACCACUGGCCGCCUCUCCCCGCCUAGAAGGAGCCUUCGGGGUGGGGCCUGAGGAGCAAGGAGCCUCCCUCGCCUCCCCUUCCCUUCCCACGAGGGACGCGCCUCAAGCGAGCGCCCUCCCGCCUCGAGCCAAACAAGAAGGCUGCUGUUGUGCGCGCGAGGGAGCCCGCCGCGCGCACAACGAGGAAGCGAAACUCGGGGCUCUGGGGUAGCCAAUCAGAGGCCAGCCCUGGGCUAGGCGGCGGGGGGAUUGGUCAAACCGCGCCAGACCUGCGCUCCAGUCCAGAGGAAUGAAGGAUGGCCGAAGGAAGCCGGAUUCCCUAUAGGACCACAGGCUCGACCCUCUUGCACCCGCUCAGCCACCUCCUGGGCAUCCCGCUGGAUCAGGUCAAUUUUUUUGCAUGUCAGCUCUUUGCACUCUUGGCUGCAUUUUGGUUUCGGUCGUACUUAAGUCCCAGUCAUGCCAGCUCUGGUGUUCGCCAUGCUUUUGCCACAAUUUUUGGAGUGUAUUUUGCUAUCUUCUGCUUUGGUUGGUACUCCAUCCAUAUUUUUGUUCUAGUGAUGAUAAGCUACAGCAUCAUGAUCCUGGCCAGUAUUCCCAACAUUCACAGGUACUCUUUUAUGGUAGCUAUGGGAUAUCUCACAUUGUGCCACAUUAGCCGGAUAUACAUAUUCAGUUAUGGUAUUCUUACUACAGAUUUCUCUGGAGGAUUAUGUUGCCCUUUGAUGAUUAUAACACAGAAGAUCACAAUUCUUGCUUUCCAGGUACAUGAUGGAAUUGGUCGAAAAUUGGAAGAACUAACUAAAGAACAGAACGAGCUCGCUAUAAAAACAAAACCUUCCUUACUGGAGUAUCUGAGCUAUCACCUCAAUUUCCUGAGUAUCCUAGCAGGCCCAUGUAGCAAUUACAAGGACUACAUAGCCUUCAUUGAAGGCAGACAUGUGCAGAUGAAGUUGUUAGAGGUCAACUGGAAGGAAAGAAAUUGUGAAAGACUUCCUGAACCUUCUCCAGUGGGAGCAGUGCUGCACAAACUUGGUAUCACACUUGUAUCGCUGCUUUUGUUUCUAACACUUACCAAGAAUUUCCCAGCAACAUGUCUUGUUGAUGAUCAAUUUAUCAACGAGUCCUCGUUCUUGUCAAGACUUGGUUUUCUGUAUCUUGUUAUGCAAUCUUCAAAACCAAAAUACUAUUUCGCAUGGACACUUGCGGAUGCAAUCCACAACGCUGCUGGUUAUGGGUUCAGUGGUGUUGAUGAGAAAGGCAAUUUCCAUUGGGACCUGCUGUCUAAUCUGAAUAUCAGGAACAUUGAGAUGGCAACAAGUUUUAAAAUGUAUAUAGAAAACUGGAAUAUCCAAACCACAGCCUGGCUUAAACGAGUGUGCUAUGAUCGAGCUCCUCAGUACCGUACAGCUUUAACAUUCCUUCUAUCAGCAAUUUGGCAUGGUGUUUACCCUGGCUAUUAUUUUACAUUUAUCACUGGCAUUUUUAUGACCCUAGCAGCCAGAGCGGUAAGGAACAAUUGUCGACACUUCUUCAUGUCCCCAAAGCCUCUCAAGAUGAGCUAUGACAUUGCCACAUGGCUGGUAACUCAGCUCGCUGUCUGCUAUACAGUUGCACCAUUUGUACUCUUAGCUGUGGAGCCUACAGUAAAACUAUACAAGUCACUGUAUUUUCAUAUGCACGUUCUAUGUGUACUUAUUUUGCUCAUCCUGCCCAUCAAGUCUCCGAAACACAUAGAAAAGGAGCAAGUCGCAUUUCAAAGAACAAAUCACUUUGAAAUAAACAAGAAGCAAAAAUGAUCCUUCAAAAGGGAAUUACUCAUCCUCUUCUGUGAGAAGCUGGAAGAAACGGCACAAGGAAUACAUCGCUGCAGUGGUUUCAUUUAAAACACUUUUUAAAAGACAGAACAAAACUUGACAGAUUUAAUGGCCAAACUUUGUUCCUGGAUAAUGUUUACAUUCUUGAUUGGAAAAGAUAAUAGCUUUUAUACUGUAUAUGUUUUUGUGUUAAAGAAAAUGUUUCUAAUGUAUUUAAUUUUUCGCACAUAUUUUUCAACCCUUAAUCUCUGACUUAAUUAGCCAGUAUGUUUGAGACGAAGAAAACAUUGAUUUGUUGGGUUUGUAUAUUGGCAAGGUAAAUGCCAAAAAUGUUUUUCUGUCUUUCAACCACCCCAUGCACCACCUUCAUUAAUCAAUCAAAGACAGACUAAAUAUCUGUAAUGUCCUAAGUAGGGGAUGGAAGAAUUUCAUGGAUGUCUUUCCUUAUUACACCAAAAAAUUUGUUGGUGGAUCUUCCAAAGUGAAAUGUUUCAGAACUGUUAAUCUAUACAAAAAAAAAAAAAAAACAGCUGAAAGGCUGUGGAAGCCAUAAUCAGAUAACAGGAGAAUCAUGGAACACUGAAUAUUGUUCCCCACAUUGUUAAAAUUAAUGUAAUUAUAUUUGUAUUGAAAUGACUGAAUGAAGAGUGCUUGGGAAACUUUACCAAGCCUCCCUUCAUAUUUUGUCUGUAUACUCAACAUUGAAGGUGGGAAUUUCCACACUUCUCCAAACAUGUUUAACUGGUGCUCCAUUUUUGUCUGAUGUUGCCUGCAUCAGGCAUUCCUUAAUAUAAUUAGACACAUAAAGACAAAUUACUUGGAUCAUUGAAAUUAACUCAGGGAGACUUUGCAUUAAAGCACUUGGAUCGACGUUUUUCAAACCAUGUGCCUUUGAAAUUACCUGAAGUUUAAAAUGGUGCUUUUGUAUUUUAAAAAUCUAGAUUAAUUUCCCCUGUUAAUUAUUUUAAAAUAAGAUAUUUUAUUGUUAAAUGGAACAGGGCAAAUUAAACGUUAAUUGAACAGGAUUUUGAGUGUAUCUUUUAAUUAAUACUUGUGGUAAACAGAAGACAUAUUUUGGUUUUUUAUUCCCUGAUAUUAAAUCUAUCCUUAAUAUUUUUUAUACCUGGGACAUAAGAAAUUGCUUCCUGAAUGACUCAUUUUCAAUCAUUGAGAAGUCCACAAACAACGCAUAGUGUCUCCUCUCCAAAGUAUGAUGUUUCCAAAGGUGGGCAUUCCUGGUGAGUAGCUGUUGAUAGAUCUGAACUCUGUAAAAGUGUCAUAUACUUUUUCUUUUAUAAAACUAAAGUUUGAAAGUUGUCUCCUCUUUUCUUGAAGAUAUGCAAAGUUGGUAACAAAACCAGCUUUAAAAUGAUGCAUAGCAGUGGUGACAUCUAGUGGUUCCUGUGAUGCAUUGACCUGUUCAUUAAAUUUCAUUUUACAUUUA